AAAACAAAAAAAACACAAAGAAAGAGGUAGUAGUGUUAAAAUAGAAUUAUAGAGAGAGAGAGAAAGAGGGUGGCGGAGAACGGAGUAGAAAUGGUAAGAAAAGGGUAAAGCAUGUUAUUGCUAUAUUUUCACUGGUUCACUACUACUAAUUGGCAAUUGAAUACAGGAAAGGGAGCAGUAGUGAGUGAGUAGAAGAAGAAGAGACGAAUGGUAUUGGUAGGGUAAGAGCGUCAAGAAGAUCCGUGGUCCAACACGCCACCCCCAUCCCCAUCCCCCAACUUUCUCUUCUCCCUGCUACUAGUAUUCGUAUCAUUAUCAUCAUCAUGCUACUGCUAUUAGUUAUGCGGAGUACUAAUAUUUAAUCAAUAUAUCUAUGUAUCACCGCCUGCUACUGCUGCUAGUAAUUCCAUUAUUCCGUGUUUUUCUCUGAAGCUGAGUCUGUACGUGCCACCGCCGUUUCAUCAAUCCCAUCUGAAUACUCCACCGGUUGGAGGUGUUGUUGGUAGGUGAGGUGGUGAUUUCGUGAACGGAGGGGAGGCGUGGGGAGGUGUCGGGGGGCAAGGUUCGAUUUUUCUCCUAGAAAGAGCCGGCGCCGCCUGGUUUGAUCGGACGAAAGGGUGUCUGGAGACUACUUCAGAAAAAAGAAAAUUAAGGCAGGGGGUUUUCUUUGCAAAUGCCGGAGGAGGACUUGGUCGAGCUCAAGUUUCGAUUAUACGAUGGAUCAGACAUCGGCCCCUUUCGUUACUCACCGGCUUCAACUGUUGCUAUGCUCAAGGAAAGAAUCGUCGCUGAGUGGCCUAAAGAUAAGAAAAUUGCACCAAAGGCCGCAAAUGAUGUGAAAUUAAUAAGUGCUGGCAAAAUUUUGGAAAACAACAGGACUGUUGGCCAGUGCAAGAUGCCUUUUGGGGAGUUGCCGAAAGGUGUAAUCACAAUGCAUGCUGUUGUGCAGCCAUCUUUAGCUAAAGCAAAGACAGUAGGAAUGGUGGGAAUGAUUGGGUUGCAACCACUGAAGGUUAUGAUGUUUUUAUAUUUGUUGCAUCACCCUAGCGGCAGCAUGGAAAUGCUAUUUGUGAUCAAGAACAUUCAAGGACUAAGUCAGUCAUUCAUAAAUCUCAAGUCAACCGCACAAAUGGAACUACCAUUGUAUCUGUACAAAACAACUUGCAUCUUUGCUUGAGUAGUAUUUGUGCCAUUUAACUGGAAACGACAGAUCUGAGGUUGAGAGUCCUAUGACUGAUUGGAGUGUAUUGUGGUGGUGCGUACUGUAAGGCUAUGAAAGUAGGCACGAGAGGGAGGGUUUGGUUUUGCUUAUUGUUUUUCCCUCCUUUAAUUUCUGUUUAAGAGAAAGUUUGCUAAAGUUAUCAAUCGACUUCCGUAAAAGAGAAGUACUUCCUGGUCUUUGGACUUUAUCCAAAUAUAUCUGAUGGAUAACUAAAUAUAAGAUUUGGAGGCGAA